UGAAGGGGCUGCGGGCGCCCGCGCUGAGGAGGAGGCUGCAGUGCAGCUUGAAGGUUAACUUAUACUGCUCACCCGUAACUAAGGAAUUGCUGCUGACUAGCCCAAAGUACAAGUUUUGGGAGAAUCGCAUUAUUGCAUUGGAAAUUGAAACUCCUACUCAAAUUUCUUUAGUAGAUGAAACAUCUGGUGAGAAAGAAGAUAUAGAGGUGACGCUUCUACCAGCUGGGCACUGCCCAGGAUCAGUCAUGUUUUUGUUUCAAGGUGACAAUGGCACUGUGCUGUAUACAGGCGAYUUCAGGCUUGCAAAAGGAGAAGCAGCCAGAAUGGAGCUUCUGCAUUCAGGGACCAGUGUAAGAGACAUCCAGAGUGUGUAUUUGGACACCACUUUUUGUGAUCCCAAAUUUUAUCAUAUACCMAGCAGGGAGGAGUGUUUAAAUGGCAUCUUGGAGUUGGUUAGAAGCUGGACAGCACUGAGUCGCUAUCAUGUGGUGUGGCUGAACUGCAAAGCUGCCUAUGGAUAUGAAUAUUUAUUCACAAAUCUCAGUGAGGAACUUGGAAUCAGGGUGCAUGUGAACAAACUUGACAUGUUCAAAAAUAUGCCAGAAAUCCUCUAUCAUAUUACUACAGAUCGAAACACUCAAAUUCAUGCCUGUCGACACCCUCGGGAUGAUGACUAUUUUCGAGGGAACCGACUGCCGUGUGGAGUGACUUCCCAAAAUGGAACUCGCUUGCACAUAAUCAGCAUCAAACCAUCCACAAUGUGGUUUGGAGAAAGGAACAAAAAAUCCAAUGUAAUAGUAAGGACAGGGGAGAGUUCAUACAGAGCUUGUUUCUCUUUUCACUCUUCAUACAGUGAGAUUAAGGAUUUCUUGAGCUAUAUCUGUCCUGUGAAUGUGUAUCCCAAUGUUCUGCCAGUGGGUCUGACAGAAGACAAAGUUAUUGAAAUAUUAAAGCCGUUAUGCAGAUCAUACAGAAAAAAUGUGGAACCCAAAUACAAGCCCUUAGGAACACUGAAGAGAGUCCACAAACCCGACUUGCCUGACACAGAUGAAGAUGAUCUCUUUGAUACUGAACUAACUUCUGUAAGGCCUAAGAUUCCAAAACUGCAGGCAAAGAACAUGUCAUUYAAGACAACCCCAGGUGAAAACACAGAAGAAACCAAUGAGAACACACCAAGUUACAGAGCAACCRCUGCACAUACCUCUCACAAGGUGGACUUCAUGGACUGUGAGGAAUCCAAUGAUGAUGAUGAAGAUGAUGAUGAUGAUGAUGAAGAGUCUGAAAAAAAUGCAGUUGAAGUUCUUCUUUCCCCUGAUCCAGCUGCCACAUCUGCAUCAACUUCCAGUGGACAAAACCACUGUGAGUUGACCCCCGGAGUAACUGGUGACCAACAGGAGUGUCAUGCAAACUUGCCCCGCUGGGAUGCGUUUUUCAAGUGUAACAGAAUGGAUGAAAGCUCUGAAAAUGAGGACAACUUCCCAUCUUCAGCAGAAGCUGGUGGUGGGUCCCAGUCACUCUUCAGUGAUUCAGAUGGAGUCAGUGACUCAACACACAUCUCCUCCCAAAAUUCUUCUCAGUCAACGCAUAUAUCGGAGCAGGGGAGCCAGGGCUGGGAUAGCCAAAUGGACACAGUGCUCAUUACCUCCCAGGAGAGAAAUGCCGCUGAUUUCGGCUGCUUCAACAAAGGCGGGAGCAGAGCAGGGGUUUACACGUUGCAUGAAACCACCAAAGACGGUCAGGCUCAGAACAGCAGCUGGAGGCCAGCAGGGCAAAACAGAUCUUCUGCAUGUGAUGUUGCCCAUGAUUUGAAGAGCAAAGAUGCUGAGGAGGGUGCACAGUGUGGCAGUGCUCAGAGUCAAGAGGUGCUACUUGAAGGAAAUGACAGUUCCARGACUCCUGAUCUAGAGCUGAAGAAGGACUCUCAGAGCUCAUCUGAGUUUGAAAUUCCCCUCACUCCUGACGCUGAACUACCUCAGCCAGACACACUGCGCUGUUUAUAUAGGAAGUUGGCAGCAGGUGAAAACAUAGUGAACACCAAAAUCUCUUCUGGAAACAGUUUGAAGUGAUUACAUCAUGACUGCAAACACUGAAAUUUGCUCUUUGAACUCCUCAAAUUUUCUUAUCUUAGCAUAAAUAGUGUAAGUAUUUUCUUGUGCAUUGAUCUGUGCAGUUCUUCAGCCAUCAUAAAUGGUAUGCUGGGUUACAGCCUAAUGUUUUAUUCCUUCCAUGAAAUAUCAAAAAGAAAAUAUUGCUAAAGCAGAUUAUAAAAGCUUUCCUAMCUCAUGUAGUUUAGCUGCCUAAAAGCAUAAAUGGAUUAAAAAAUAGACCAGACAAAAUUAAGACUGGAACACUAAAUGGAAUUUAGUGUUUUUUUUUCUUUUUAAAUCAAACUCUAAGAGUUUACCUUUGAUACAGAUGCGUGUUUUACUUGCGACAGUUAAAAAUGAGAUGUUCUAAAUAAUGUGCCAUCUUUCAUGAAUGAUGAUGCAAACAUAGUGGUUACACUUAAGUUGUAUGAGUUUUUACUUUUUCAUAAACAAUUGUACAACACAGUAAGAAUUAGUGAGCAGAGUUGUUUUAAUUUUUUUUUGAGUAGCUGUCACUGAAU